UGUCACUUAUAGCUGGAAAUUUUUCGUCCAAGUACUUAACACAGUUGCCAUUUUUAUCGAGAGCUUUGACAAAAUGCUUCAUAAGGUCAAGCUUGAUAUAAAGUGGUGGCAGCAAGUACUUGUAAGGAUUAAUGAGAGAUUCUCGCAUAACGUUGUGAGAACCAUGAUUCAAAUUCUUUCUUGUUGGCCGUUCUUUUCUACUGUAGGGAAUUUUCCGAUCGUGACUAUCCUACAAACAUACAAGAAGGGAUAUAUUGUGAACCAGAUUGUUGGCUUAACUAGUGUAGCAAUUUUCAGAUCACCACAAACUUUUCAAUGAUUUUUGGUCAAAUGAGCUACUGGAGUCGGUGCUUUGAGACUUCGCUUAGACAAAGCAAUGAAAAACUUUCACUCCUCGUCCUGAAAGUGUUCGGCUUUAACUCAUCAAUCAAACUUCUUACAUCUGAACAGUCCACUAAUGAAUUUUCGCCGUUUUAAAAAUGUUAUCAGAUUUUUUUUUCCCUAUCACGAUAAAAAUAAGCUGUUGUAUUUUUAGUUAAUAAAUUUUUUUUUCUUUAAGCUGAUGUUUCAGGGUUUUCACUUCUAGGAACUUUUUGGGCUCAGAAUCGAUUUCUUGCUUAAAUGCUUGUGCCUGUAACCAGGGCACCUCCACGUGGUGACGGCGGGCAACAGGACCGUCUGGCAUAGUCCCUGGGUUAACGGCUUGAAUGCCGUCAUGGCAGGCACAAGUAAUAAGUGUUUUACGAUGCAGGGACCCGGAAUCCCAGUAUCGGCGUCUGGUCAGAGUGAGAAAGCAGGCUCGCAGGCGUCGUCAUCAAGUGACUGCAGCUCUUCAUUAGUGGGUGACUUGGCUUCUGAAGCGUUUAAUAUGACAAGAAGUGUCUCUCACAUAUGUAACAAAAACUCCAAUUGCUUCUGUUACAUAUGUGGAGAAUUUGAAGUAACGAAAAGUCGUAGAUCUUUUUCAAACAAAUUGAAAAAUGUCUACGAAACCUGCUUCGGUAUCCAGAUUACGAACUGGGAAGCAACUUGGGUACCACAUUCACUUUGCAAUCGGUGUCACACGAUGCUUACUCGUUGGGAGCAGACGAAAAGUAAACAGUGCUUGAAAUUUUCAAAACCUGUGAUUUGGUCUGCACCAACGAGUCAAAAAAACUGCUAUUUUUGCACGACGGAAGUUUCAGGUUUUUCUUCGACAACCAAACAUAAAAUUCAAUAUGCCAACGUAACAUCAGUUGUGCCAGCAGAAAAAGUUUUGAAUGUCGAAGAACCUGCAGCUCCUGAACCAGUGAAUGAACAUGAAGAGAUGGAAGUUGAAGAUAACUUUGAAGAAAUCGAUCCUGAACCCGAAGAGAUCCAUUCUGAGGAUGAAGAAUACAUCCCGAGUGGUGUUCCUAGAAGUAAAGACCCUGAAGUCUUCGAUCAACUUGAAUUGAAUGACCUUGUACGAGACUUAGGACUAUCUAAGGUAAAAGCUGAACAUUUAGCCUCAGCUUUAAGGAAAAAAUUUAUUAGCUAAAAAUAC